AUGUUUCACAAAUAUAAUUCUUUUGUCAAUACACUUUCACCAUCCGAUCGAAUUUCUGCUUAUAUACCACAAGGCUUUGGUACUAAAGAAACAACAAAUAAUUUUUUUCUUGCUCCACAACCGAAAAGUAGUCAUGCAAGUGGAGCACAAUCACAUGCAGAAAGUAACUUAACCAGUUCGAAAACAUCAAUGUCCCCCUCUCAUACUGGUAACACGCUUACUGCUAGCUCGACUACUACUGCUGCCAAAGUUCAUACAACUGCCGCAAUAUCUACUGGUCAUGGUCACGCUUCGCAUGCUGCUCCAUGGGAAGGUGUCAAUCUUUGGCGCACACCAUUUAAAGGUGACACUGACACAAUUACACAGGUAAAACGCAACAAAGGAACACUUGAUCAAUAUGUUGAAAAUCGUAUUCGUCGUAUACAACAAUUACAACUCUUUGCAUUACGCAAUAAGAGUAAACCAACUUGGAUAAUGAUGCCACGAGACAAAUUGUUUUUUGCUGCACAAGGCAUUAUUGUUGCUUAUGUUCUUUAUCAAGUAACUACAACCGUAUACAAUCAUCUGAAAGCUAAGGAUCGUCUUAAACUCAUCAAAUUGUUCUACAAAGAUAAUGUCGACUAA